GAUCGGCAACAGCACAGCGCAGCGCGACGACGAGGAGAGAUCAGAGGGAGAGGCGGCACUCGGGCUGGAGUCGCGCGCCGCGCACGGCUCUUCUGGAGGCAUCGCACUCAGACUCAGAGUGUGAGCCGCGAUCUUCUUGCUCUCUCUCUGCCCUCACCUCGCUUGCAGCGCAUCACGCCGCCGCCGCUGCUUCUGUCUCUCUCAGAGAGCAGGCCGCGCCACUCGCUGCAGCCUUCGCCAUGAGCGCGCCCUCGCCCUUCCUGCUCUCCUUCGCCACGCCCUCUUGCCUCCCGCCAGUCGGCGCGCACCUGCUCGUGUCCAGCACCGCGCCCUCGCCUGCCCCUCUCUACGCCUCCCAGCUCGCCGCCGCCUUUCUCGCGCCCGCACGCAGCGCACCGCUCCAGCCGCCGUGCCGGCGCAGCGUCCUCUGGCUCGAGUGCGCCGGCAGGCCGCACGAGCAUGUGCGGUGCAUCGUCAGGCGUGCCGGCGGCGGCGGCCCCGCGACGCCGGCAUUGGCAGUGCGCGAUGCGACGGCAGCUGUGCUGGCGCGUGCUGCACCGUCCAGCUGCACUGCGCCCGCCGACGCAGCAGAGGCGCUCAGGCCGCUCAGCGCGCUGCUCGAGCUCGUGCGCACCGAGCUCGCGGCGGCAGCGGCGGCGGCGGCAUCGCAGCGGCGGGAGGGAGAAGAGGCGCACCGGCUCGUGGUGCUGGAUGACUUUAGCGUGCUUGCCUGGGCGCUCGAGCCACCUGCUCAGCCUGCAAUGACCGCCAGUGAGGCGGUGCUGCAGAGCAAAGGUCUGGCGACGAGCGGCAGCAAGGGCAAAAGAAGAGAGGCGCCGCUUGAUCCUUGGGCUGCUGCGCUCGCGCGCUGGCUCGAAGAGCUGCGCGUGGUCUGCGAAGGCGUGAGUCUAUGAAUCCCUCUCUGAGCUGCCCGAGCUUGGGCAUGUGUCGCUGAUGACGGACACGCCAAUCAGCACGGCGCAGCGCUCCUCACGCAUCUGCACGCCGAGCACACCAGUGUGCUUUCGCGCGCCGCAGCUCCAACGCGUCAGGGCGCGGGCGAAGGCUUCGACGCAGACGAUGCAGGCGAGGAGGACCUGGAUGUGUUCGACACGGAGCUGCCCGCCCAGGCAGCGCCUGUGGUGGUGUUGCAGCA